AUGCCUUCAUCCUCGCUUGGCCUUUCGUACUCGACAGACGAUGCGACCAGCACCUCUGCGGUGGACAUCGUCUCAUCUCAGCACGCGCUUCCUCUACCCAACCCUCCAACUCUUAGUCUCUUCUUGCCGUUCAUACACAUAUCCACACACAUGGGCUGGUUCGAUAGCGUCAAGAACGCUGUGAGCAGCGCAGCGAGCUCCGUCGCCUCCUCAUUCCACCGCGACGGCGCAACGACACGCUUCUGCGAGAAGCUUCCCAUCAUCGGAUACGGCGUCGCCGGUAUCCAGAAAAUCGCGGGCAACGACGAGCAUGCGAAGCGUGCCGUGGCGACUGCAACCAACUCGACCAUCGCUCUUGGUGGCGCCGCGGCCGGGUUCUGCGUUGCAGGUCCUGUCGGCGCUGUCGCGGGUGCAGCGCUUGGGUCUGGCGCGGGCAUCGCGAGCGAGUACGGUAUCAGCAAGACUAUCCACGACGAGAAGGUCAAGGGCGACGUCGGCAAUGUCAGCGUCGGCCGUAUCGUUACCGAGGUUGGCCUCAGCGCUGUCGGAGGUGGCUUCACGAGCGGUGGUGGCGCAGUCCUUGCAUCGGGUGCUCGUGAGGUUGGCAAGAUCGGUCUUAAGGAGGCGGCGAAGCAGACAGCGCAACAGUCGCUCAAGCAGGUGGCGCAAGUGACGGCGAAGCAGGUCAUCAAGGCUAGCGUGGGGACGUUGGCUGGUAGUGUGCUUGCGGGCGGAAAAGACGUUAUAGGACCCAAGAUUGAGAAGACCAACCCGCUUCUUCAGCACGACGACAAGACUGGUAAAAGGUCUGGAUCCGAUCAGCAACUCCCGCCGUUGACUCCCGUCAACCCUGAUGCCAUCCCGGAGGAGGGGAAGCCGGGGAAGCGGGUCCGUGUCUGCACCGUCGCGCAAGAGCUGCAAGCCGUGCAAGUUUCUGCGUCCUGUCAGGCGAUCCUCGGUGCGAACGAGUGGCACUGCGCUGCCCUCCCGGACCUCCUCGGCAACUUGACGCAAGUCUCGGGUCCCAUCGGCGUGCACCACCUCGUUCCGUGGGACCCCAUCGUCGUCGGAUGGCGCGGUCCCGCACCGCCUGCCAACUACCACCAGCCCCAAGGCGGCAUGGCGGGUAAGUACUACGAGGAUCGCAAUUCCCGCAAGCACACCGCGAUCAACCAGUUACUACCGCAACCUCCUGCGUCGAACUGGGAUCGUGAGAAGCUUGAAGCGGCGCUUGAGGCGCUCCUGUGCAGGGUCGAUGCGGCCGUGGAUCAGCUUACUUCUCUCAUGGAGAACGAUGUAGAGUACGUCUACGUAUGA